GUCCCCCUUUCUUUUCGCGUAGUUAGCAGUGCGCCUCCCACUCCCCCACUGCACGUCUUUCCUUUCUUCGCCGGCUCUGUCCAUCGUUUCAUCCAGCCGACCCGCUUGGCAGCUAAAGCAGCCAUGGCAUAUACACUUCAAGGCGGUACAAAGAAGAAGGUUUGCUACUAUUACGACGGUGACAUUGGUAACUAUUAUUAUGGACAAGGACACCCCAUGAAACCUCACAGAAUCCGCAUGACUCACAACCUGCUAUUAAACUAUGGACUUUACAGGAAGAUGGAAAUAUAUAGGCCACAUAAGGCUACAGCAGAGGAAAUGACAAAGUACCACAGUGAUGAUUACAUCAAGUUCCUACGAUCCAUACGGCCAGACAACAUGUCCGAGUUCAGCAAGCAAAUGCAAAGAUUUAACGUUGGUGAGGACUGCCCAGUGUUCGAUGGUUUAUUCGAGUUCUGUCAGUUAUCGACUGGAGGCUCAGCUGCUGGAUCAGUGAAGCUCAACAGGCAGCAGACUGAUAUCGCUGUGAACUGGGCGGGCGGGCUCCACCACGCCAAGAAAUCCGAGGCCUCGGGGUUCUGUUAUGUCAACGACAUCGUCCUCGCCAUCCUUGAGCUGCUCAAAUACCACCAGAGGGUGCUGUACAUCGAUAUUGACAUCCACCAUGGCGAUGGUGUGGAGGAGGCUUUCUACACUACUGACCGUGUCAUGACCGUUUCCUUCCACAAGUACGGAGAGUACUUCCCUGGGACCGGAGACCUCAGAGAUAUUGGCGCCGGCAAAGGCAAGUACUACGCUGUCAACUUCCCCCUGAGGGACGGGAUUGAUGACGAGUCCUACGAGCAGAUAUUCAAGCCGGUGAUGUCCAAGGUGAUGGAGAUGUACCAACCCAGCGCGGUGGUUCUGCAGUGCGGGGCGGACUCGCUGUCUGGGGACCGGCUCGGCUGCUUCAACCUCACCAUCCGAGGCCAUGCCAAGUGCGUGGAGUACAUGAAGUCCUUCAACCUGCCCCUGCUGAUGCUGGGCGGAGGGGGCUACACCAUCCGAAACGUGGCCCGCUGUUGGACCUACGAGACCGCCGUGGCGCUGGACACCGACAUCCCUGACGAGCUGCCCUACAACGAUUACUUUGAGUACUUUGGGCCCGAUUUCAAGCUGCACAUCAGUCCGUCUAACAUGACCAACCAGAACACGCAGGAGUACAUGGAUAAGAUCAAGCAGCGGCUGUUUGAGAACCUGCGCAUGCUGCCCCACGCUCCGGGGGUCCAGAUGCAGGCAAUUCCCGAGGACAGCAUUCCAGACGACACCAUGGACGAGGACGUGGAAGACCCGGACAAGCGCAUGUCCAUCCGGGCGUCUGACAAGAGGAUAGCCUGUGAUGAGGAGUUCUCUGACUCUGAGGACGAGGGAGAGGGCGGGAGGAGGAACGUGGCCAAUCACAAGAAGAGCACGAAGAGGGCCCGGGUGGAGGAGGAGAAGAAGGAGCCGGAGGAGAAGAAACCGGAGGUGAAAGAGGAAGAAAAAUCGAAGGAAAGCAGCUCAGAGAAGAUGGACACAAAAAGUGUGAAGGCAGAGCAGACGGUCAGUGCCUGAUGUUGCCACAAGAGGGAGCACUUCUGGACAGGGCCGGCCAGAGAGAGACUUCUCAAGAGAUUGGACUUCCACACCUUAAGACAUAUUUAUUUUGAGUCUGUGAUGUAGAUGUGAUGUUUUUGUGGUGCAAGUUUAUUGCGAAAUUAGUUUCCCUCUAAGGUGUUUUGUAAUAGUGUCCGUUUCUGUCCCCUCCCCCCAACCCCCCACCCCCCAGAACGUGUUUGCCGUUUCCUUUGGAUACCCUGUACGAAAACAUUUGUACUGCAAGGGAUUUUUGUUUUUUUACAUUUUAUAUCCAUUUAUAAUUAAAUGUUUAUUUUAGAAGAAAAUAUGUACGUUCCUUAGGACUAUGACCACCUACAAUGACUUCAUAUGUUGAAAUUGUGAUAUUUUGCAUUUACGUAUUAAAAUUGUUUUUAUACUAA